AUGGUUGACUCUAAACAAGUUCUCAAAUUGUACAAACAACUUCUCAACAAAGCUUACAAGUUCGACAAUUAUAAUUUUCGUGAAUAUUCGAAAAGAAGAGUACAUGAUGCGUUCAAGGAACAUAAAUAUCUAACAGAUGAAGAACAAAUCAAUAAGUUUUAUAAUGAAGGAAUCGAUAAUCUAGCGUUGUUAACUAGACAAACCACAAUCUCCCAAUUGUAUACUUUUGACAAGUUGGUUGUUGAGCCUUUGAAGAAACAUCAUUAA